AUGGUUUCUCGAAGUCAGAAGCCACUAGCUGGACUGCUCAUUCCCACGGUUCCAAGCUUUCCUCUCUCAUCGCCGAUCACAGAAGAGGUUCCAAGUCCAAUAUCGUCAUCGCCAGACGACCACGAUCUGAAGAAGAAUCGCCCCUUCGCUUUGUUGAAUAAGUCAAUCAGCAAGAACCCUUUCAUCCGCAAGGCACUUCUUAAUGAUCAUGUUCGAGAACACGGCCACACGGGCGACCUUUCAGUUGCGUGCCAUCAAGCGCAAGGAGUCAUGCUAAUAGGACAAGAAGGUGAGCAGGGCUCAACCAAAGGUCGUGGAUUGAAUUUGGUCACGGAAUUCUCCAAACCAAGCACGAUGGUCCAUGCAGAGGCACCGGCGCCUGUUUUUGUCGACCUGAACGACCUCAAGGCGCUCGCGAAGGUGCGAGAGCAAGAAAGAACGACAGACAAUACCGCGGGGACUCUGGGAAUGACACUACCGGCGUCGCAGUCUUCCUGGUUUGAAGCUAAGAAGAAAACGAAGGGCAAAGAUGAGCUGUCGCCCUCUGAUAGGCCCAUUAUGAUCGGCCUUCGGAUGCCAUUUCAGGGCUCGAAAGACUCUCCAGAGCAAAAUUCCAGGGAAGGAGAUACGACGCAGUUUUCCCGUGCCCCGCUUACACCAUCAAUCAUUGUGACUCCCGCUAGAGAAGAUACAUUCUGGGAUGGGUUUGAGCCGGCUCACCCGCGUCCCAGAGCUACAUCUAGCAUCUAUUCUCAACCUACGCCAUACCCGGAUCAUGACGACCAUGAUAUACCUCCCGUGCCCGCCAUCCCGGCUUUCCAUAUACGUGCGGAUAAUGAGAGGACCAGCCCCGAUUCCCCAUCGCUGGAAUCUGUGGUGUCGGCAAGGAAGCAACGCGCCUUCUCGACCGGAACAGUCUUUGAAGAAGAUGGUCCCAAGCCCGUGGGACGGCCUGGCUCGUUGUUGAAUGACCGGGUGAAAAAAAUCCCUGAUCGAUUGAGCAUCAACACCGAGGACACCCGGCAGUCGCAAGGCUGGUGGACCUAUCUCAUGUCUCCUCUCUUUCCCAAGACACCAGUCACUGUCGAAAGACCUCCUGUGCCCAGUAUCGCAACCCAUUCAUCUGGUUUGUCAGACGAGUGGUGGGAAAAGGAGGUCUCCUACUUCUCGCCCGACACACCGGAUGCUGUUGCUAACCCGUUAGACGAGGUCCAUCAGAGCCCACAAGACUAUAACUCGCAGGAAAAUGAGCGAAAUCUGGCAUCUUUCAUGUUUCCUGGUGAACCAAUCGAAGGCUCUGCUGCCGAAUACUAUCAAGCAUGCGCCCACGAACUAUUCAGCGGGCGGCCUUACUUCGAAUGCGUUAAUCAUGUUUGCUCGAUCACACCAAAGGAUAAGGUUGCAGCAAUGAUGGCCGAUUCACCUGCGGCCGUCACUCAAGACCAAGGCCUUCUUGUUGACUUGGAUGACAUGCCUCGGCCUGAGAUUCAGCAUGCAUCUGGAACCUCGGAUGCGGGCUCUAGUCCUCGUUCUCUCGCAGGAAUUUCUAAUGCAGACAAAAGCAGGGGGAACCCUUUCCGCGAUUCCACUGAGCACAGCACACCCAGCGGUCCCACGAUAACUGGGUAUCCUCGGAGUGAACAUCCUCCCAGUGAGCGUGCCCCAAGCGAACAUGCACCAAGCGAGGCAUCCCCAAGCGUGCCUCCCCAGCCAGUGAAUGCCGCGCCACCGACAGUCCAGAACUUCUACAAUCACCCAGCGGUUGUUCCAUCUUCCAUUCUCAUCGCUCCGCCGGAGAGAAGCUACUCGCAGUACAUUGUACACCCUGCAUCAAAUGCUGCUUCACAAUCGCAGGCUCCAGAGCCCGUGUCUCCUGCCUUUCAACGAAUGACUGAAAGAGGAUCCAUCCCGCUGAGCGGAGUACAAAACACGCCAGCACCUGCCUAUACUUCUUACCGCAACAGUUCUGCCAUCCUGCCUCCCCGCAUAGAUCCACACCCCGUCACACGGGAAGAUUUGGUAGACUCAGUCACCGAGAGACAAAAGAUCGAAAUGAGAAGACGAAGACUAGAAAAGGAGGACGCAGCUGGCCGGAAGUUGGGUGGAUGCUGGCGUGGCAGAGGCCCGGUCAGCAAAAAGGGGUGCUUUGGAAGGUCAGGACGAGAAGGGAGAAAUAAGCGUCGGUGGUAUUUAGCGAUCUGCACCUUCUUUCUCGUGAUCGUUCUGGUUGCUCUUAUUCUUGCCUUGACCCUGACUAGGAAGGGAAGGGCAACCCCCGUGCAAUCUCAAUGGCUGAACCUGACCGGCUAUCCACCCAUGCCAACCGGUAUUGCGACAAUCGCUGGAGCGAACCUCUACAAACGAGUACCUGGCUGUAUUGCCCCCUCUUCACUUUGGAGUUGCGCACUUCCAAAGGAGCAGCAAUAUGACAACAAGCCUUACACUGCCGCUGAGCCCAGCUUCCGCGUCGAGAUCGAAUUCCGCAAUGGGACUUAUCCGAAUAGCACAACGAUUGCCUCAAGAUCUCUAAUCUCCGACCGCUCGCCUGACUCGAAUGCUUCUCCCUCGCCACCAAGCAUGAAGGAUCAAACAUUCCUUGGAAACACCACGGACAGGAACAGCGCUCCGUACGCUGGCGAGGAAACGCCAUUCUUCAUGAGCUUCCUCUCAACCUUGUCGACAUCUUCAUCCUCAUCAACCCGUCGACGUCUCACCCGCAAAAGAGACGACACCUUCCCCGACCUCGAUUCCCUCAUCCCCGCCCCGGACCUGAACUCCGACGGCACCGCCGCGGCCGCGGAGCUCUACCCCCUGCCGGAAUCCCAGCCCAUCCGCCUCUACAACCGCGGUCAAUCCACAGAACACUACGGUUUCUAUACCUACUUCGACCGCUCCAUCUUCCUGUCCUCCCAGGGCCCACUAAACGGUAAUGGCACGGAUGACUCGAACGAUGACAACGGCGGCGGCUCAACCGAGGGGGACGCCCGUGUGCGCUGCACCUGGGCGCAAACGCGCUUCCUCGUGCAAAUCUGGACCCGAUCAACGGAUACUCUAUUGAAGCCGCCCUCAGCAUCAGCAUCAGCAUCAGCGUCCACCACGCCAACUUCUUCCGCCUCAAGCGCCUCGUCCACCUCCACCUCUUCCGCCAUGGACUUCACCCGUCCCGGCUCCUUCCCCUACCCCGUCACCAUCACCCUGGACCGCCACGGAGGUGAAGCGAGGAAGAAAAUGGUCUACUGCUACGCGAUGGAGGCGAACGAGAAGAUCAACUCUACUCUGGUGAAGCUGCAGGUCGAAGACCGGAGCUACGGAGGCCAGCUGGUCAACCCGGCGCCGGGGAUCUUCGAUUUCGCUAGUAACUCGUCGUCAUCUUUGUCGUCAUCGGCGAACGAGACGAGUUCAGUGAAUGGGGGUGUAGACGGGGGUACCGGGGGGUGUUCGUGUCAGUGGGUGAAUUGGGUUUCGACGUCAUAGAUGUCGUGUACGGGGGUUACGGGGGGUGGAGAGAAAAUGCCCGUUUAUAACUAUUGCCUCGUGGUACUUGGUUUCAUAGUCAGGUAAUCCUCACGGAGCGUCAAAAUGAAGUAUAAAUUUUUUUUUCCCUUUGGAUUUAGGUUUCAGUAUUUUUUUUUU